AUAUUUUACUUUUACAGUAAAGCAGGGGGGAAAAGAAAACAAGUCACGCUGCUGUCAUUUAAUUCGAUUAUGGUCAGGCUUGUUGCGCUGCAGUGAUUGUUUCUUUGUUUGACAGGUCGUGCGGCGUUCCCCGCUUUUCGUCCGGCGGCUCCUCCGGCUGGGUCCGCCAUCAUGUCGGGAAUGCAGCAGCUCAGGCUGCUGGUCAGCGAGCGGCUGGCGGCGGCUGCCGAGGAGAUCUUCGGGCUCGUCGAGAGGACAAUAACGGACUACCAGGAGGAGGUGGUCCGCUCCAAGAGGGAGAUCAUCCAGCUGAGGCAGCAGAUCGAGCAGCUCACCGUCUUACAGCCGCGGGUGGCUUUGUUCAAAGAAGGUGUUCGGUCGGUGCCCGAGAGCGAGAGGCCGCCUCCAGCCGAGGACCGAAAGGAAAGCCAGGAGCAUCAGAAGGUCAAAGAGGAGCAGCUGGAUGUCUGCAUCAUCCCUGACCUGGAUACCGAUUCCUCAGAUGAUGUGAAAGUUUUCCCCUACGAAUCCGAGGCAGCCCCUCACACUGAGCCCGAGCUGUUACCAAGUGCCAGCUCCAUAACCGUGACUCUGAACAAUGAAGCCGUGCACAACGAGUGGAACAAGAAUGCUGGCUCCGAUUUGUCUUAUUUUGGUCAAAGUCACGGCGAUGCUUCCUUUUUGCAGCAGGAACUCACCCUGGAUACGAAGUCCUGUCGUAUCUGCGGCGUGUCCUUCAUCAGGGACUGUGAUCUGAUCCGGCACAUGGAGGAGGCCCACGCCGGGCACAAGGCCUUCAAAUGCUUCGAGUGCCACAAGGAGUUCGCCCGCAGGGACAGCCUGGCUUUGCAUAUGAGGGUCCACACGGGCGAGAAGCCGCACAGGUGCCCCUUCUGCGACAAAACCUUCACCCAGACUUCCAACCUCAGGGUUCACAUGAGGAAACACACGGGCGAGAAGCCCUACUUCUGCGACACGUGUGGCAAAAUGGUGGCGCACUCGUAUCACCUGAAGAUAUGCUCCAGGCAAAGCUCAUAUACGGCAGACAUCACCGGCGAGAGGGCGUUUCGCUGCUUCCGGUGUGGCAAGAAAUUUCACACCAUUUCAGACCUCAGUGUGCACAUGAAGAUCCACGAGGCGAGGAAAUCACAUGCUCUGGUGCAGGUGUUUUCUUGAUCAGAUGUCCAUCGUUACUUGGUUGGUAUUUUACCCCGUAUAGAACCUAGAAGUCAUAUAGUAUUGUGAAUGCAAAUAAUUUUUCACCCAUCACAAAACCCGCUGUACAGGUUUACAUAUAGAAGCCUGGUGUGUUUCAGGUCCUUUCACUCCCUGUUGUUAUAUCUCUCUGAUUAAACUGAGAAUAAAGAACCAAAAAACGUC